UGUGUACGUAUACGUUGACUGAUCAGGUGUUCGCGCCUUACACAACAUCCCGUGCGCACACACGUACACGGAGAAUUGACAGUAUUUUCGCAAGCGCACUCCUGUCAACUUGUCAGUUUCAUGUGAAAUCGUGACAGAAUCGCCUCGACGUCUCUUCUUUCAACAGAUCACAAAGAUGACAUUGAUUGUUUGAGUAUAUAUAUUGCCCAAGGGUACAAAAUUUUCAGUACUACAGUAAUGUACACACAAAUACUGGUAAUCUAUAGAAGAAGAUUUGGAUUUAAAUAUUGGAAGAUGUCUGUAAUGAAUAAUUCUAUGCAAGAAGGAUAAGUAAACCGAUGUGAAAAAUCGAAUCGACUGCUGCAAGAAAUAAGACACAGAGAAGUGAGGUGUGUUUAUGCAUUUGCGUUUGUACCAUUACUGCAUACUAUGUCGGGCACUGGACCAGUUAUAUCGCAGACCAUUGCUCGUCUACCAGAGAAGGAGCAUGAAUCUGUUUCCAUUGUAGACUACUCCAGUGUCAGAGGAAAGAAUGUUUUGGUCAGUCCAUCUGAGGAUCAAUAUGAACUACUACUAAGAAGAUUGAGAGAAAGGAUUCAGGAUGGAGGCAGUGAGACCAUCUUUGAAAUUGGUAUUGCUGAAGAUGGAACCGAGGGUGGAUUAAAGGAGGAUGAAUAUGAAGCUUCGGUUGCUACUUUACAAUCCCUUGCCGCGACAUUGGAAGCAGAUUGUGUGCUUUUACGUCAGAUUAAGGCAGAUCAUGGACUUACGGGACAAUAUUUAGUGAGAAGACGUCUGGAUCGGCAAGAUUUCUUAGAGAUUAGAGUUGCUGUUGUUGGUAAUGUGGAUGCUGGUAAAUCGACGUUAUUGGGAGUACUAACUCACGGCGAACUUGACAAUGGACGAGGCCUGGCGCGUCAAAAGUUAUUCCGCCACAAACACGAAGCUGAAACAGGUCGAACCAGUUCAGUUGGAAAUGACAUACUCGGAUUCGAUAGCGUUGGCAAUGUAGUUAAUAAACCUGAGCAUGGAUCGCUGGAUUGGGUGAAAAUCUGUGAGAAAUCCUCUAAAGUAAUUACGUUUAUCGAUCUCGCCGGUCAUGAGAGAUAUUUGAAGACAACUGUUUUCGGAAUGACGGGACACGCUCCUGAUUUUGGCAUGCUAAUGAUCGGAGCGAAUGCCGGCAUUGUUGGAAUGACUAAGGAACACUUGGGACUUGCUUUGGCGCUAUCUGUACCGGUAUUCGUCGUCGUAACAAAAAUCGACAUGUGCCCACCGAAUGUCCUGCAGGAAAAUUUGAAGCUACUUAUAAGAAUUCUGAAAUCCCCUGGCUGUAGAAAAGUCCCGGUUACAGUUAAGACACCCGACGAUGUAGUGAUUAGCGCCACGAAUUUUGUCUCAGAACGAUUAUGCCCAAUUUUUCAAGUAUCUAACGUGUCUGGCGAAAAUUUAAGUCUUCUCAAGAUGUUUCUCAACUUGCUGACUGCAAGGAUUACUAGUCACGAUGAUGAACCUGCCGAGUUUCAAAUCGACGACACAUACUCUGUACCAGGAGUUGGUACGGUGGUAUCUGGUACAACUUUGAAAGGUAUUAUAAGAUUAAACGAUACCUUGCUAUUAGGACCCGAUCCGCUGGGUCGGUUCACACCUAUAGCUGUGAAAAGUAUUCAUCGAAAGAGGAUGCCGGUGCGCGAGGUCAGGGGUGGUCAAACGGCUAGUUUCGCCCUGAAAAAGAUCAAACGAUCGCACAUUCGCAAGGGGAUGGUGAUGGUCGCCCCCGCCCUUAAUCCACAGGCCUGUUGGGAAUUCGAAGGUGAAAUUUUAGUUCUACAUCAUCCUACGACAAUCAGUUCACGCUAUCAGGCAAUGGUGCAUUGCGGCAGCAUAAGGCAAACUGCUUCUAUAUUGUCCAUGUCCCAGGAUUGUUUGAGAACGGGCGACAAAGCACUAGUGCAUUUUAGAUUUAUCAAACAUCCUGAGUACAUAAAACCUGGACAGAGAAUGGUGUUUAGAGAAGGUCGUACUAAAGCAGUAGGAAAUGUAGUGAAACUUAUACCGCACUCGAAUAAUACCACUACGCAAACUUCGAGAAUUAAUAAACCGAAUAAAACAUCGCAAAAUACUCGGCAAAAUACAAAUAUACAGGCGCUAGAAAUAACUGAAGCUGACUCGAUUGAAGAGCAAACGGCCAAACAAGAAAAUAUGCCGCAAAAGUCUGGUUCGAAUCAGAAUAAAAAAAAUAGAGGUCGAAGAGGAGGCGCAAGAUCUCAUAAUGCCAUCAACAGUAUUCAGCCUUUAACAGAGCAAAACCCUCCUGCAAAAGUGUAAGAGCUGUCGAUGUACAAAAAGAAUAUAUAUUAUUAGUGCGCUUUUAAAACUUUCUACUAUGUACAAGUUUCUGAAAAGAUGAUCCCUAACGACACAAAAUUACUGUAAUUGUUUAAAAAUGUUUUCUUUAGAAAGAAAAAAAGUUCUAGAAAUUUGUUACACAUAAUAUAUUCAUUACAGUACAAAUUUUAUGUGUAACUAUUGUAUUAGGUUGUUCGGAAAAUAAUGCAGGUUUCUAUAUAAUAGAACUUGCAUUAUUUUCUGAACAACCUAAUUUAAAAAAAUAUUCUUUUAAUAACAAUAACAUAUAAGUCGGUAUUUAUAAAUCGUAUUAUUUUUGUAAGAGGCACAUGUGCAGAUAAAAUCAAUAUUAGGAAAUACAUUGUGUCUUUCAUUUCUGAUAUAAAUAUAUGCAAUAUAUGUAUAUGGAUACAUACAUUUGUAUGAGAGCGCGGAUACGACCCCUUUUUCAACGCCUUCAACGCCUUUAAUGAUAAAAUUUGACUUAUUGAUGUGUUUCAUUAUAUGACAGUAUAUACUUAUCUACAUUGUAUAAAAAUUCAUGUAUAUAUGUCAUUUGUAUUGUUCAUCCUUAAAAUACAUCUCGCAAAAAUUUAAGCAGAAAUACAUAUACUUCAAAUGCUAAAAAGAAAAAUGUCUCAUUGUAUCAGACAUAUUUAUUCCUUAAUAAAUUAUUUACAUAAUGCUUCAGAAUGUAGAAGAAAGAUACACUUCUUCCAUGCAUUCGAACAUAAUUUUUACAAAAUGAUUGAGCACUUAUUUGUCAUCAACUUUACACAUUGCUAAAGUAUUGUGAUUCAAAAUUCAAUAAAAAUUAAAAAAAAACAAA